AUGGAGGCUUUUUUGUUCCUCCUAGUCCUCGGCUCAUUAAUCCUCUCUCACUCUGUAGGUGGUGAUGUGUGUGUUUCUGGUCAUGAUAGUGGUCCAGUCUUUGAAGAACAGCCAAGCAGCUUAAUUUACCCAGAAGGCCUCAGUGAAGGGAAGGUGGUUCUCAGCUGUCAAGCCAGGGCAAGUCCAGCUGCUUCAUACAGGUGGUUAUUGAAUGGUACAGAAGUACCACUAGGCUUAGACCUCCGCUACACUCUUGUUGCUGGAAACCUGGUGAUCAGCAGACCCGAAUCUGGUAGAGACACAGGGUCUUAUCAGUGUUUAGCUAUGAACCGCUGUGGAACCAUCAUCAGCAGAGCAGCGAACCUCAAGUUUGGGUACCUUCACGACUUCCCACCAGAUAGCAGGAGUCCUCAGACAGCUUAUGAAGGCAUUGGAACAUUUCUAGCAUGCCAGCCACCUCCACAUUAUCCAGCUUUAUCCUACCGGUGGCUGCUCAAUGAGUUUCCCAACUUCCUCAAGAAAGAUGAUGGCCGUUGGUUUGUUUCCCAGGUAACCGGUAAUCUCUACCUUGCUAAAGCUGAGCCCAACGAUACUGGAAACUACUUCUGCUUCACUACCAUCAACAUGGACAUUAGUACAAAGAGUACGUUCAGCAAAGCUAACCAACUCACUGUUCUGCCAGAAGCCAAUCCAAAGAAGUCAGCGCCAAGCAUCAAGGUACGCUUCCCUGCAGAGACCUACGCUCUUGCUGGGCGCACUGCCUAUUUGGAGUGCUUCGCCUAUGGAAAUCCAGUCCCCAAACUGAGAUGGAAAAAGGUGGAUGGACUCAUGCCCUCCAAGGCAGGUUCUAGUGUUGAUGGUCCCACACUUAUUUUACCAGACCUUUCCUUUGAUGACGAGGGUCUUUACGAGUGUGAAGCCCAUAAUUCAGAGGGAGUUGAUGUAUACCAGGGCCGCAUCAGUGUGCAAGCUCAGCCAGACUGGUUGCAGGUGAUGAGUGACUCUGAAGUCGAGAUCAGUUCAGAACUUCAUUGGAGUUGUGUGGCUGCUGGCAAACCGCGACCGUCCAUUCGUUGGCUCCGCAAUGGACAGCCCCUCACUACACAGGAUAGAGUUGAAGUGAAUGGAGUUCGUCUCAAGAUCAGCAACCUAGCGUUGGAGGAUUCUGGGAUGUACCAGUGUGUUGCUGAGAACAAACAUGGAACAAUCUACUCUACUGCUGAGCUUAGAGUCCAAGUUCAAGCCCCGGACUUCAGACUCAACCCUGUGCGGAAACUGAUUCCUGCGGCCAGAGGGGGACAAGUGAUGAUUGAGUGUCGCCCGCGUGCAGCCCCCAAGCCCAGUCUCUUCUGGAGUCGUGGCACAGAGCUUCUCACCAACAGUAGCAGGGUAACUGUGACUCGAGAUGGCAUCUUAUGGAUCACUAACAUAAGCAGAGCAGAUGAAGGGAAAUACACGUGCUUUGCUGAGAAUUACCUGGGAAAAGCUAACAGCACAGGACACCUGUCUGUCAGAGAUGCCACCAAAAUCACACUGGCCCCCUCCAAUGCCGACAUCAAUCAAGGGGAGAAUGUGACACUGCAGUGUCAUGCCUCCCAUGAUCCUACCAUGGACCUGACGUUCACCUGGGCCCUCAAUGGGGCUCUUCUGGACCUGGAGGACUCUUCAGGGCCAUACCAUCGAGUAGAGAGCAAGGAAACCAUCGGAGACCUGUUUAUUUGGAAUGCUCAACUGAGUCAGGCAGGCACUUAUACCUGUACAGCUCAAACCGUGGUGGACAGUGCCUCAGCUACUGCCAAACUUGUGGUACGAGGCCCACCAGGACCGCCUGGUGGUUUAUUGGUAAGGAAUGUUGCUGAAACAUCAGUGUCGUUGAGAUGGAGUCGUGGCUAUGACAACCACAGUCCAAUCGGCAAUUACGUGAUCAUGGGCCGCUCUUCUCUGUCAUCUAAGUGGAAGCGGAUGAGGACAGAACCAGUGAAUAUUGAAGGAAAUGCAGAGUCUGCACAGGUGAUUGGGCUAGUGCCCUGGAUGGAUUAUGAAUUCCAGGUCAUUGCCAGUAACAUCUUGGGCAGUGGAGAGCCCAGCAUGCCCUCAAAUAUCAUCCGUACACAACAAUUAGCUCCCUCAGUGGCUCCCAGUGGACUCGGAGGCGGAGGGGGAGAUCGCCAUGAACUCAUUAUUACAUGGACGCCCAUGGCUCGAGAAUAUCAGAAUGGUGAUGGCUUUGGCUACACACUGGCAUUCAGAAAGAAAGACACAUCGCCAUGGACAGAAGUGCGCAUACCUUUAGUGGAGUCAUCCCGAUAUGUGUACUACAAUGAAACCCUGAUGCCAUACAGCCCGUUUGAGGUGAAAAUUAAAGCCUUUAACCGAAGAGGCGAAGGUCCAUUCAGCCAAAUUGCUGUAGUCUACUCUGCUGAAGAAGAGCCAACCGUUGGACCAUUAAGCAUAAAUGUCACUGCACUGACAGCUUUUGAGAUCCAAGUGUCGUGGGACCCUGUCCUGCAAGCUAAUACCAAUGGCAUCCUAAGAGGAUAUGAGAUCCGUUACUGGCGACAGCAGGAACGGGAGGCGGCAGCAGACCGAGUGAGGACAGCAGGACUAGAAACAACAGCCAGGGUGUCUGGACUUCGUCCCAGCACUCGGUAUCAUGUUGCAGUUCUAGCAUAUAACAGCGCCGGCACGGGCCCACCCUCACCACGGUCUACAGUCACCACGAGGAAACCACCUCCUAAUCGCCCACCUGGAAACAUUUCAUGGAGGUCUGAUGGCUCAUGGGUAACUGUGCGAUGGGACCACGUGAAGGUCAUGCACAAUGAGUCAGCAGUACUGGGUUACAAAGUUUUGUACAAGCAUGAGGGGCAAGCAGUUUUGAAGGUCUUGGACAUGGCGAAGACAUCAGUGAACCUGCCGCUACCCAAAGAUGAUGCAUACGUCGUAUUGGAAAUACGAUCCUGGGGUGAAGGUGGAGAUGGACCCUCACAUGAGAUUAUUGUCUCACGGGACUCAGGAACUGGCAUGAUGGUGCAGAGCGAGGCAGUAGUCUACAGUCAUUCACUUCUUCUGAUCAUUGGCUUGUUUCUUCUCACAAUUGUGUCAGUCGUGUAA